AUGCCUGACUUCGCCAAACUCGAAAAAGCUGACUCUACCGUCGCCUCUAGGCCCGGGUCAGGGUCCGGGUCAGAGUCCUUCUCAAGUGCCACUCCAUACAACAACUCUACCAAAAUGGGUUGGGGUGCUUCAUUCGUAGACUCUUUCAAGAGACAAGAUGCCGCACACCUUGAAGUCGGUAAGCAACUCUCCAAGACGAUCUCCAAGCGUCAUCUUACCACCAUGGCCUUGGUGACCGGUGUUGGUACCGGGUUGCUUGUUGGUUCUGGUAAAUCUCUUCACAAUGCCGGUCCAUUAUUCUUGAUCGUUGGUUACGCCAUUGUUGGUUCCUUCUUGUACCCAACCUUGCAAGCUGCUGGUGAAUUGGCUGUUAACUACAGUGAUCUUUCCGGUGGGUACAAUAACUACCCAAGAAAGUUUCUUGAUGAAUCCAUUGCCUUUGCUGUCACUUGGAACUAUUGUAUCCAAUGGUUGUCUGUUAUUGCCGUCGAGCUUGUCACUGCUUCUUUAACCAUUAAGUUUUGGAAUGAUACUAUUAACCCAGACGUAUGGGUUGCCAUUUUGUUUGUUGUUGUCCUUGCCAUUAACUUUUUCGGUGCCAGAGGUUGGGGUGAAGGUGAAUUCCUCUUUGGUACUUGUAAGUUGCUCAUGAUCACUGGGUUCAUUAUCAUGGGUAUAGUUGUUAACGUUGGUGGUGGUCCAGAAAAGAAGUUUAUCGGUGGACAAUACUGGCACAACCCUGGUUAUUACACCAACUUCAAGGGAUUGUGUAGUGUUUUCGUUACUGGUGCCUUUUCUCUUGGUCAAUCCGAAUUCGUAGCACUUUCCGCUGCUGAACAAGCCAACCCAAGAGCUGCCAUUCCUUCUGCUUGUAAGUUGAUUUUCUGGAGAAUUCUCAUUUUAUUCUUGGGUUCUUUGACCAUUGUUGGUUUGCUUGUUCCUUACAACUCUGACAAGUUGAUGGGUAGUGGUGGUAGUUCUGCCUCCCAUGCCUCUCCAUUUGUGUUGGCCGCUGAGCUUCACGGGGUUAAGGCUGUUCCUUCCAUCAUCAACGCUGUCAUUUUAUUGUCUGUCACCUCUGUUGCCCUGUCUUCUCUUUACUCUGCCUCCAGAACUCUUCAAUCUUUGGCUGAACAAGGAUUUGCUCCUCAAUAUUUCAACUACAUUGACAAGACCGGUAGACCAUUAAGAUCCUUAAUUUUCUGUUCUGUUUGUGGGUUAUUCUCCUUUAUUGCUGCCUACAAGAAGGAAGAAACCGUUUUCAACUGGCUUUUGGCCAUCUCUGGUUUAUCUCAAAUCUUUACUUGGGACAUCAUUGUUGUUUCCCACGUUAGAUUUAGACAAGCCUUGAAGCACAACAACAUUUCCAUUGACUCCUUGGGUUAUGUUGCCUCUACUGGUGUUUGGGGUUCCAUCUAUGCCAUUGUUUGGCAUUGGUUGAUCUUGAUUGCCCAAUUUUACAUUGGGUUGUUCCCAAUUGGAUCUGGUACUGCAAGUGCUGAAUCUUUCUUUUCUGCUUAUUUGGCUGCUGUCGUCUUGAUUGUGUUCUACAUUGGACACAAAUUGUACACUAGAAACUGGUCACUUUUCAUCAAGCUUGAUGACAUUGACAUUAAUACUGACAGAACCAUUUUCGAUCCAGAAGUAUUAGCAUUGGAAAGAGCUGAAUCUGCUGCUGCUCGUGCCAAACACCCUUGGUGGAAGAAGGUUAUUGAUCUUUUGUUCAACUAA